UGCCUUUGGAACCCACGGUCACCUCAAUAUAAAAAUAACAUCGCAAGAAACAAUGCUUACGACGACUUGUUAAACAAUAUGAAUGAUUCUACUCUAACUUUAAAGAUCUUAAAAACCAAAAUAAAAAAUUUAAGGUCUAUUUAUCAUAAUGAACUUAAAAAAAUAGAAAGUUCGAAGCGGUCCGGCGCAGGGGCUGCUGGCGUGUACCGUCCGUCGAUGCCAUGGUUUCAAGAAAUGCACGCGUUUAUGGGAGAUACGGCUGGCGAAUAUCGGCAAACUGUCGGAACCGAAUUGGUAAGUUCAUAUUAUUUUCAGGAUUCAGAUAAUUCAUCGCAGAAUUCGGAAGCACAGGAUUCUCCGGCAUCGACUGCAAGCACAUCAGAAUCUCUUAACUCGCCAGAAUCGAUGAACGUAAUGUCACCCCCCGCCAAUAUACCAGAAGAACGACCACAAUCGAGUUCAUCUAGUGUCACAUCGACACGGCGUAAACGACGAUUCGUACAAGAUGAACCGAUUAAUGUGGCACUGAACCGACUGGAAAACCUGAGUUCUGCAAUAAAUAUGCCUACUGAACACGACGAAUUCUAUUAUUUUGGACAUAACAUUGCUGCUCAAUUACGAAGCCUGCCAUUGUAUGAAGCACUUAACGUACAAGCUGAGAUCCAAAAUAUUGUGAUUGCAGCAAGACGCCGUCAGCAGUGUCAGAACUUGUCUGAAGUAUCACAAAGGAAUUCAUUUUACACUCCAUACACACAAACAUUAACCACAAACUCUGUUUUACAUACAACACUACCAACAACACUGAUUUUUGACACACAAAUGCAUACAAGGAAUUCAUUUUAUACUCUAUCUCCAUACACACAGACUAUAACAACAAACUCUGUCUCAAAUACACCACUUCAAACAGCAAUUAGUACUUCGGACACACAAAUGAUUAAUAUACCCAUUGUAACGAUGCACGUUACUAUAGGUAUUUUUUAUUUUAGUAUAUGGAAAACCAACAGCGCUAUAUAUAUCUAGAACUUCCAAUAGAAUUACAGAGCCAAUUACAGGUUCUCACUUAUAAAAAUACAAUAAAUUAUAAAAAGUUUUUGCCCAUCUUAAUUUACACAUACAAGUUCCUACAGCAUAAGAACAGAUCUAUAUAUAUAUAUAUAUAUAUAUAUAUAUGAUUCAUUUUUACAAAAAAUAAAUUAAAAAAAGAAAAAGUAGUUAAAUCCUGUGAGUACAUAUUCAACAAUGCACCGAGCCUUGUCCUGCGCCAGAAUUAUUGUCACCCAUGAAGUGUCUAAUUAAUUUAUUUUUUAUUACUGCUAUGCUAUCAUUAUAUAUGUCGAUAUCACAA